AUGCAUCGCGCAAUUUUCGUCCUCCCUCUACUCUUUCUGGCCAAUCCAGUAUCGGCGGUGACCUGGUAUUUCCUCCGUUACUACCCCGCUUCAGGUCAGAAGUUCACCUCUCUCUCGGGCGAGAUGGUGAUCCCGUCACUACCGCGCGCCGGCGUUUACUACCUCUGGCCAGGCUUGCAACCGACCGAUAACAGCGGCGUAUACCAAAACGUACUCGACGGCCGUAGCGGAACAUGGUGGCUCGGCUCCGGGUGGUGCUGCUCCAACCCGAGUCUCCCUUGGGGCGGAGGUUUCAACACGUACGGCGGGGAGACGAUUUCGUUCCAGAACAUCCUGAAAUCGGACAAUUCGGCGUGGACCAGCACUGUGACGAGGCAAACUGGUGGCCAGGUUGUUACCAAUGACUUCGACUUGGCCGAUAAAUCUUUCAAUCAAGUGCUCUUUGCCAUUGAAUUGUACGACGUCUCAUGGGACUUUGGUCCACUAGCAUUCGACAACGUUGUAAUUAAUUACAACUCCGCGACCAACUAUACCAUCACCGGCACGAGUGCAAGUGUGAGCGGCGACACAGUCACUUGCGAUAUUCAGUCAGUUGUGCUCAAUGCACCGGCGUGA